UUUGUUUUUGUUUUUGUUGUUGUUGUUUUCUGGCUUCAGAAAUAGACUCCCGGUGGCAGUCCUUCAACACCCUUCUUCCUUGCCCUUGAAACCCUUGGAAAGCCGCCGUCCCGCGGUGUCACGUGACACUCCUGCCCGCUUACCCUUGCCCAGCAACAGUCCUAGAAACGGACACCGCUGGCUGCAACAUGAAUGUCAUCUACCCGCUGGCGGUUCCCAGGGGGCGCCGGCUCUGCUGUGAGGUGUGCGAAGCUCCGGCUGAGCGUGUGUGCGCGGCUUGUACAGUCACUUAUUACUGUGGUGUGGUGCACCAAAAAGCUGACUGGCACAGCAUCCAUGAGAAGAUAUGUCAGCUCCUGAUUCCACUGCGCACUUCCAUGCCCUUCUAUAAUUCAGAGGAAGAACGGCAGCAUGGCUUGCAGCAGCUUCAGCGGCGGCAGAAGCAUUUGAUUGAGUUCUGCUACACAGUUUCCCAGAAAUAUCUUUUUGAAGGAAAAUAUGAAGAUGCUGUCCCAGCAGCUUUGCAUUCCCUUCGCUUCCGCAUGGCCAUGCAUGGCCUGAGUUCAGUAGAGCUUGUGCCCGCUUACCUGCUGUUGGCUGAGGCCAGCCUUGGUCUAGGACAGAUCGUUCAAGCUGAGGAAUACCUCUCACAAGCCCAGUGGACAGUCCUCAAGUCAACUGACUGUAGCAAUGCCACCUACUCUUUACUGCAUCGGAAUCUGGGACUUCUCUACAUGGCUAAGGAAAACUAUGAGGAAGCCCGUUAUCAUCUGGCCAAUGAUAUUUAUUUUGCCAGUUGUGCGUUUGGAACAGAGGACAUCAGGACCUCUGGAGGCUACUUCCACCUGGCUAAUAUCUUCUGUAGCCUUAAAAAAUUGGACUUGGCAGACACAUUGUACACUAAGGUAUCAGAGAUCUGGCAUAAAUAUUUGGAUGAUCACUAUCAAGUCCUCUCACAGGCUCGCAUCCAACAAAUAGAUUUACUAGGGAAACAAUUUGUGAAUGACACCGGGUUGGAUGAAGCCCAAGAAGCAGAAGCUAUUCAGAUCCUGACUUCUAUCCUGAACUUUCGAGAAUCAGCUCCUGACAAAGCUCCUCAAAAGACUGCCUUUGUUCUGAAAACUCUGAUCAUGCUUUACUACCAGAUGAUGAAAUCUUCAAAGGCACAGGAAUAUGCCAUGAGAGCCCUCACACUAGCCAAAGACCAACAGCUCAAUGUCCAAGAGCAAAAGAGUAUUCAAGAGUUACUCACUCUCAUCUCCGCUGAAGAAGAUUGUCCCAUUUCCUAGUGACCCACUGGCUCUGUGUACUGAAUACCUAGUACCUUUCAGCUGAAGUUUGCAUACUUUUCCCCUGGGACUGUGCACAUAGCCAUGAUUCUAUCAGCAUAUGUGAGGAAAUAUAGAGCUUUAGGCGUGGAAAUCAGUAAAACUUGUUUUUCAUGCUUGGUUUAUCAUGACUUUGUAUGGCCUUGAGUAACAUGCAGUCAGAUCACUAAUAUGGUGUUUGUAAUUGAACUGUAAAUAAUUUGUCAUAUUUCCCAGCUAUCUCCCAGUGAUGCAUAUUUCAUACAUCUGUGCCAGGUGAGGAGGUAAGAAAUAGAGUCAUAUCGGGAGCAAAGUUUCUCUAUUCUUCUGGAAUUAAAUUAGCAUUAAUCUGAGGUAGAGUGAGAUAAAAUAUCCAUUAUAGUUCACAGGGCAAUCACUAAGAAAACAAUUCUUAAAAAUAGUUUAAAAAUAACAAGAGAAUCAAUACGGUACACCAGAAAAUAUCCACUUAAAGUGAGGCAGUAAAAGAGGAAUAGAGGAACAAAAAGAAGAUGAUUCCAAAGAGCUCUGUGAAAUAAGGCUUUCUUGACUCCAAAAGUAUAAACAGGUUGAAGAGAACCAGGAGCUCUUGUAAUACUGAGGGCCCACCAUUGAGUAUCUCAUCUUCCUGCCAAGCAACGCCAUGCUUCCUAAGUAUCCUCGGCAGCAUUUUCAGGGGUGGAGCUGAGGCUUUACCUUGAAAGGUCUGGUUCAAUUUUUUUCUACUACAAGGGCAUAUACAGUGUUAUAAAUUUUAUCAUGUUGUCUAUAAAACUCUAACAAAAAUUCACUUUGAGUAGCUCCUCUGCACUUACCCUGUAACGUUUUAUAAUUCCAUAGCUAUAAACCUUUGCUUUGCCAUAGGUCCUCAGAUGACUAAGAUUAAAGCCAAGUUUCCCCACCACAAGAAGACCUAACAGUACCCCUUCAGCUACACAAGCAAAUGAGGUCUUCUGUAUUCACAAUGACUAUAACGUAUGACAUCUCUCAAGCAUAGCAGGUCACACAGAACAACAUUUGCCAAAGUUAAUGCUUCAGAAAAAGUUGGUGAAGCAUUCUGUGAAUGACAGAAAUGUUCCAUCUUUUCAUCAAACAGAAAAAGUAUAUCUUUUUUUAUAUUCAUCAAGAUCAAUAGCAAUGUGAUAUUUUAUUUCAUAUAUAUGUAUAUAAAAGCAUAUAGUUUAAUAGCUAACAAAUAUAUAAAUAAGUAGUAGCAUGUUUUAAAAGCAUAGAACAGGGUUACUAUUAGAACCAGGAUAUCAAACCAGGACAAUAUAGUAUAAACAGUGUUCCUUGCUUGUAAAUUUUUGUCAGGAUUGUAGAUCUGCCAGAACAUCUUAAUGAACAUGUCCAAAAAUGAAAAAACAAGUUUUCAGUGAAAGAAGAUGGUUCAUACUUUGAAAGUGAAGUUCUACAAGAAACAAAAUUAGAUAUAGAGGUGGAAGAAGAUAAAAGCCAAAAAUGACUCCUGGAA